UCCCCAAGCGAUGCGGAUGCAAACUAUUCAAUUUGAUUGUCUUCAGAAAAGAAAAGCAUGCCAACGAUACUCACGCCGCAAGGAUGGGUCAAAGUUGCGGCGCCCAAGCCACGCAAGAAGGUCGUCAACCCCGACCCUACGUCUGCCUUCAAGGGACCACUGGCCUACUUCAGUUGCCAACCGCUACCGUCCAGCAAGAAAGAACCCAUCAGCACCCGACCUCAAUUUCCUUACGACUUGUCGGCGUCCCCUGAAAAGUUGAGGCACCAGGGCGAAGGCAAGGCGAAGAUCGCCGGCAAGAACAGGAUCAUUUCCGCCCCUCAGCUGCCCAUCUACGACCAGGACGACGGCUACGAAGCGGCAGAAGAAGACCAUUGGGCCAGAGGCGGAGGAGUAGCGUCACCGUCAUCAUCCCUUUCAGCAGCAAGGCGACACAAGACUUCGCCGCGUUCGAGAAAAGAACCACCAUCCAGGCAGUACGAUGAUCUUUCGAGUUCGAGUUCAGGAUCCAGUGGUGGUGGACGCUCCACAAAAUCGUACUCGAGACAUCGACCUGUCGAAGCUGCUCCGAGGCCUGCGUCAAUGUAUCACCACCGUCCGCCGCCGCCUCAACCACCUGCGCACGGUGGUUAUUACGGGUACAAUGACUAUCCGCCGCCGCCACCUAGACCAUCAGUAUAUGAAAGACCAACACCUCCUAGCAACGCGAGGAGCAUGUCAUAUAGUUGGUACAAUGCCACGACGCCUCUGAAUUUAUGAUUGGGAAAGCGACCGUUUGGAGUUAUUGGGAGAGAUCUGAAGUAUUUUCUAUCAUUGUCUUACGAGAAGAGUCCUCACCAGGGCUUGGGAUUAAGUAGGUCGACAGGUGUUGUUCGACUUGUGUGGACCAACCUGUGUAUUUAAGAUGUUUUAUUUUAGGAAUUUUU